AGCUGCUGGAGGGAAAAAAAAGUGUUUGUCAGCCUCAGAGAAGAGAAGAGGAGACGAGUCCAGUGGAUCUCCACGGACAUUACUGUGUGUUUAAUAUAAUACUGGAUGAGGAAUUGCAUUUCAUGAGAAGACAAGGAGAGGACUCACACAGCGUUCAGGAGCCAGCUCGCGAGGAGCGGGAGCACACGCAGUGAGGUUGGGAAGACAACAUGGCGGUCUUCACUCAACUGGGGUUACUGCUUUGGAAAAACUUCACCUACCGACGGAGACAGACUAUCCAGCUGCUGAUUGAGAUAAUCUGGCCCCUGUUCAUCUUCUUCAUCCUGAUCUCAGUGCGGAUGCACUAUCCGCCCUACGAGCAACAUGAAUGCCAUUUCCCAAACAAGGCCAUGCCCUCUGCGGGUACCCUGCCCUGGAUGCAAGGCAUCAUCUGUAACGCCAACAACCCCUGUUUCCGCCAUCCUACUCCUGGAGAGAGUCCCGCGGUCGUGGGAAACUUCAAUGACUCUAUAAUCUCUCGUCUGUUCAUCGAUGCCAAAAAGAUCCUGCUGUACACUCAGAACGAUAAAAGCUACGAGGGCUACAAGGGGCUGCUGAGGGCCCUCAGGAAGCUGCAGAAGAACACUGCCCGUUUCAAGUUGAAGGACUUUUUGAAAGACAAUGAGACCCUUUCCCACUUCCUGCACCACAAUGCCUCACUUCCUCGUCAUGCUUUGAAACAGAUAGUGGAGGCUGACGUCAAUCUGGAGAAGGUGCUGACUAAAGGUUUUGGCUUCCACCUCAGAGACCUCUGUAACAGCACGACACUGGAGGAGUUUGUCCACAUUGCUGACCGCAAUGUGUCGCUUAUGACUCAAGAAAUUAUCUGCAAGUCCUCCAGCGACUGGCUUGACAAGGCCCAGAGCCACUUCCUGUCCAACCUAGACUUCCUCAAACCCAUUCGGAAGGACGUGAAGUCGGAUCCCAAAGUCGUUCAGGAGGUCUCAGCUGCAACCGACCAUCUUCUGGAGAGCCUGGGGGCGCUGGCUGUGGAGCUCGCCAGCAUGAACAGUUGGAAGGACAUGCGAAAGGAGAUCCUGUAUCUGACUGCAAAUGCCACAGGCUCUCCAAACCAGAUGUAUCAGGCUGUGUCACGUAUCGUCUGCGGACACCCCGAGGGAGGUGGCCUCAAAAUUAAGUCUCUCAACUGGUACGAGGACAACAACUACAAGGCCCUGUUUGGAAACCAUGGCAACGACAGCGACAGCGAGCCCCACACUUCUUACGACAACUCUUCCACACCUUAUUGUAACAGCAUGAUGCGGAGUCUGGAGUCCAGCCCCAUUUCCAGGAUGAUCUGGAGAGCCCUGAAGCCACUGCUCAUGGGGAAGAUCCUGUACACCCCAGAUACACCAGCAACACAGAGGAUCAUCCAUGAGGUUAAUAAGACCUUCCAGGAGCUCGGCGUGCUGAGGGAUCUUGGAGGGAUGUGGGAGGAGAUGAGACCCAAAGUUUGGAGCUUCAUGGAGAAUAGCGAAGAAAUGGACUUAGUCAGGACCCUGCUGCAGAAUAACGCCAGCGCUGCAUUCUUCAACACCCAGCUCAGUGAUACUGAGUGGCGCGUGUCAGAUGUGAUCAAUUUCCUGUCCAAGUCCUCCGAGGACCGGAGACCUGCAGGAUCCGCCUUCACCUGGAGAGAGGUCUUCAACGAGACCGACCAGGCCAUACAGACCAUCUCACGCUUCAUGGAGUGUGUGAACCUGGACAAGCUGGAGCCUGUAGCUAAUGAGGAGCGACUGGUCAACAAGUCCAUGGGUCUCCUGAACAACCAGAAAUUCUGGGCCGGAAUCGUGUUUCCUGAUAUCGCCCGUACCAACAGCACCGACCUGCCUCCCAAUGUCAACUACAAGAUCCGCAUGGACAUCGAUAAUGUGGAGAGGACGAACAAAAUUAAAGACGGGUAUUGGGACCCUGGUCCCAGAGCAGACCCCUUCGAGGAUCUGCGGUACAUCUGGGGUGGAUUUUCCUACCUGCAGGACGUCAUCGAGCACGGAAUCAUCAGAGCCAUCACUGGCUCAAAGGAGAGGACAGGCGUCUACAUUCAGCAGAUGCCUUACCCCUGUUUUGUCGAUGACAUUUUCCUUCGGGUGAUGAGUCGGUCGAUGCCUCUCUUCAUGACCUUGGCGUGGAUGUACUCCGUGGCCAUCAUCAUCAAGGGCGUUGUGUACGAGAAGGAGGCACGGCUCAAGGAGACCAUGAGGAUCAUGGGACUGAAUAAUGGCACUCUGUGGCUCAGCUGGUUCAUCAGCAGUUUAAUCCCGCUGCUGAUCAGCGCCUCCCUGUUGGUCUUGUUAUUAAAGAUGGGCAACCUGCUGCCGUACAGUGAUCCAGGUGUCGUGUUCCUGUUCCUGGGGUCGUUCGGCGUGGUAACCAUCAUGCAGUGUUUCCUCAUCAGCACCCUGUUCUCUCGUGCCAACCUGGCAGCGGCCUGCGGGGGCAUCAUCUACUUCACUCUCUACCUGCCCUAUGUGCUGUGUGUUGCCUGGCAAGACUACGUCGGCUUUGGAGCCAAACUUCUUGUGAGUUUGCUGUCUCCUGUUGCUUUUGGGUUCGGCUGUGAAUACUUCGCCCUGUUCGAGGAGCAAGGCGUCGGUAUCCAGUGGUCCAAUCUGCUGGCCAGCCCUCUGGAGGACGACAGCUACAAUCUAACCACCUCCAUCUGCCUCAUGCUGUUUGAUGCCUUUCUGUACGGAGUAAUGACCUGGUACAUCGAAGCUGUGUUUCCUGGUCAGUAUGGUAUCCCCAGGGCUUGGUACUUCCCUUUCACUAGGACGUACUGGUGCGGGGAGAAAGAGAACAGAAGCCUCGCCACCCCUCUGUCAAAGAAGGGCAACGCUGAAGCUGUGUGUAUUGAGGAGGAGCCCAGCCACAUCGAACCGGGUGUUUACAUUGAAAAUUUGGUGAAGGUCUACAGCCAUGGGAACAAGCUGGCCGUAGACGAGCUGUCACUGAGGUUCUACGAAGGACAGAUCACCUCCUUCCUCGGACACAACGGAGCUGGCAAGACCACAACUAUGUCAAUCCUGACGGGGUUGUUCCCGCCCACUUCCGGUACGGCCUACAUCCUUGGCAAGGACAUCCGCACUGAGCUCAGCACCAUCCGACAGAAUCUGGGCGUCUGUCCGCAGCACAACGUACUUUUCAGCAUGCUGACGGUUGAGGAACACAUCUGGUUCUACGGCCGUCUGAAGGGGCUGCCGGAGGAGAAGGUGAAGGCUGAGAUGGAGCAGAUUGUGAACGAUGUCGGGCUGCCGCACAAACGAAAGUCCCGCACCAGCACCUUGUCCGGUGGGAUGCAGAGGAAGCUGUCAGUGGCCCUGGCUUUUGUUGGAGGCUCGAAGGUUGUGAUUCUGGAUGAACCGACUGCUGGGGUCGAUCCUUAUGCACGUAGGGGCAUCUGGGACUUGCUGCUUAAAUACAGACAGGGCCGCACCAUCAUCCUGUCCACUCAUCACAUGGAUGAGGCCGACAUCCUGGGCGACCGCAUCGCCAUCAUCUCCCAUGGCAAGCUGUGCUGCGUGGGCUCCUCCCUUUUCCUGAAGACUCAGCUGGGGACAGGCUACUACCUGACCCUGGUCAAGAGAGACUACGACCUGACACUUCAGUCCUGCAGGAAUUCUGCCAGCACCGUCUGCUACAAGAAAACAGAGAAGGAGGACAACGUAUCAGAGAGCAGUUCUGAUGCUGGUUUGGGCAGCGAACCGGAGAGUGAAACCACCACCAUCGAUGUAUCCCUCAUCUCCAACUUGAUAUUCAAGCACGUCUCCGAGGCUCGCCUGGUGGAGGAUCUCGGCCAUGAACUCACAUAUGUCUUGCCCUACCAGUCCGCUAAAGACGGAGCCUUUGUGGAGCUCUUCCAUGAGCUUGACGACCGACUGACCGACCUGGGAAUAUCCAGCUAUGGAAUAUCUGACACCACCCUGGAAGAGAUUUUCCUGAAAGUGGCUGAGGACAGUGGAGUGGACGCUGUGGAGCUUUCGGAUGGAGUCGUACCAACAAGGACUCGUCGCCAUCACGCCUUCGGAGACCACCAGAGCUGCCUGAAGCCCUUCACCGAGGACGACUUUGAAUUCAACGACUCUGAAGAGUCCCGUGAGACCGACUGGCUCAGUGGAACAGAUGGUAAAGGUUCAUACCAGGUGAAAGGCUGGAGUCUGAAGAGACAGCAGUUUGUUGCACUGCUCUGGAAACGAUUCCUCUAUGCCCGACGCUCCAGAAAAGGAUUCUUUGCUCAGAUUGUUCUGCCUGCGGUGUUUGUGUGUAUCGCUCUGGUGUUCAGCCUGAUCGUUCCUCCCUUUGGAAAGUACCCCAGUCUGGCUCUGGAUCCCAGCAUGUACGGAGAACAGUUUACCUUCAUCAGUAAUGACAUGCCUGAGAAUUCUCACACCAACAAACUACUGCAAGCUCUGAUGGAAAAACCAGGAUUUGGAACACGCUGCAUGGAAGGGGAACCCAUAACGAACAACUCGUGCACUGCAUUAGAGGAUGAGUGGUCGAUCCCACAAGUCGCUCAAGGUUUGAUGGACAUGUUUGACAACGGCAACUGGACCAUGGAGAAUCCGUCUCCCCUGUGCGAGUGCAGCUGCGAAGGCCGCAAGAGAAUGCUGCCCGAGUGUCCGGCUGGUGCUGGCGGACUUCCACCACCACAUAUGAAGAUCAGUGACGAAGACACGCUUCAGAAUUUGACUGGCAGAAACAUCUCAGACUAUCUGGUUAAAACCUACGCUCAGAUUAUCGGAAAGAGCCUGAAGAACAAGAUUUGGGUCAACGAGUUCAGAUAUGGAGGAUUCUCACUGGGUGCCCACGGUUCUCAGCUUCUGUCCGACAGCGACGAUAUCGACGAAGCAAUCGCUCAUCUGAGGAGACGCUUCCACCUGGAGAGGGGAGCGGCAGCUGAUCGUUUCUUUCACAGUCUCUCCAGUUUUGUCCAAGGACUAGACAGCAAGAAUAAUGUCAAGAUCUGGUUUAACAACAAGGGCUGGCACAGCAUCGGCUCCUUCCUCAACGUGAUGAACAACGGCAUCCUGCGAGCAAGUCUGCCAGCCGGCAAAGACCCCACCAAGUAUGGCAUCACCGCCCACAAUCACCCACUCAACCUCACCAAGGAGCAGCUCUCACAGGUCGCAUUGAUGACAACGUCAGUGGACGUGUUGGUGUCCAUCUGCGUGAUCUUUGCCAUGUCCUUCGUCCCGGCCAGUUUUGUGGUUUUCCUCAUUCAGGAGAGAGUGAACAAGGCAAAACACUUGCAGUUCAUCAGUGGAGUGCAGCCUCUGCUCUACUGGCUGGCCAACUUUGUCUGGGAUAUGUGCAACUACAUCGUCCCAGCCACACUGGUUAUCAUUAUCUUUAUGUGUUUCCAACAAGACGCCUACGUCUCCUCCACUAAUCUGCCAGUGCUGGCUCUGCUGCUGCUGCUCUACGGGUGGUCGAUCACCCCUCUGAUGUACCCAGCCUCAUUUUUCUUUAAGAUCCCCAGCACGGCCUACGUGGUUCUGACCAGCGUCAACAUACUGAUAGGAAUCAAUGGCAGUGUCUCCACAUUUGUGCUGGAGCUGUUCGGCAGCAAUGAGAUCGGUGGCAUCAACGACAUCUUGAAGAACGUGUUCCUCAUCUUCCCACACUUCUGUCUGGGCAGAGGACUGAUUGACAUGGUGAAGAAUCAGGCAAUGGCUGAUGCUUUGGAGAGAUUUGGUGAAAACCGGUUCCGUUCACCUCUGGCUUGGGACAUGGUGGGAAAGAAUCUGUUUGCGAUGGCCAUAGAGGGCCUCAUCUUCUUCAUCAUCACCGUCCUCAUUCAGUAUCGCUUCUGCAUUAAGGCCAGGUCGUCCACAAGUCACCUGAAGCCUAUUGGAGAAGAAGAUGAGGACGUGGCCAGAGAACGACAGAGGAUCCUGGGUGGAGGAGGACAGACCGACAUCCUGGAGCUCAGGCAGCUUACCAAGAUUUACAAGCGGAAACAGAAGCCAGCAGUGGACCGGCUGUGUGUCGGCAUCCCCCCUGGAGAGUGCUUCGGUUUGCUUGGGGUGAAUGGAGCAGGAAAAACCAGCACCUUUAAAAUGCUGACAGGAGAUUCUCUAGUGACCGGUGGAGAGGCGUACCUGGCUGGCAAAAGUGUAACUUCAGAGAUCGAUGAAGUGCAUCAGAACAUGGGCUACUGUCCCCAGUUUGAUGCUAUCAACGACCUGCUGACUGGCAGAGAGCAUCUGGAGUUUUACGCCAUCCUGAGAGGAGUGCCUGAGAAGGAAGUCUGCGAGGUGGCAGAGUGGGGCAUUCGGAAGCUGGGCCUGGUGAAAUAUGUGGACAAGUCAGCAGGCAGCUACAGUGGAGGAAACAUGAGGAAACUGUCGACUGCCAUCGCUCUCAUAGGAGGACCACCUGUCGUGUUUCUGGAUGAACCAACUACAGGCAUGGACCCUAAGGCACGUCGGGCCUUGUGGAACGCCAUCCUGAGCAUCAUCAAGGAGGGACGAUCUGUAGUCCUCACCUCUCACAGUAUGGAGGAGUGCGAGGCCCUUUGCACCAGGAUGGCCAUCAUGGUCAACGGCAGGUUCCGCUGUCUGGGCAGCGUACAGCACCUCAAGAACAGAUUUGGUGAUGGCUACACCAUCAUCCUGCGGGUGGCUGGUCCGGACCCAGACCUUCGGCCGGUGAUGGAAUUCAUAGAGCAUGAGCUCCCAGGCAGCAACUUGAAGGAGAAGCACCGCAACAUGCUGCAGUACCAGCUGCCCUCGUCCCUCACUUCCCUCGCCCGCAUUUUCUCCCUGCUCUCCCAGAACAAGGAGGCGCUCAGCAUAGAGGACUACUCAGUCUCUCAGACCACUCUAGACCAAGUGUUUGUAAAUUUCGCCAAGGACCAAAGUGACGAGGACCAUUUGAAAGACAUCCAUCUGAGCAAGCGGGACGCUUUGGUAGUGGACUUUUCCCAGCUAAACACCUUUCUCAAAGACAACAAGACUCGGGAGAGCUGCGUCUGAUUCAACAACAAACCGUCAGUGGGUUGUUGCUCUGCUUCAACCUCCCUCACCCCCAAUCCCAGAAAAUAUGGACCACUAACCUGAGGGGGGAAAUGAACUGCUAUCAUUUUUUAUUUUUUAUUUCUAUUUUGUAGUCUUUUUUAAUUGUUAUCAUUUCUCAGUGGACCUGCAUUUCAGUGCACAGCCUUUUGAAAAGGCAGAGACCUGCAGGUAUCGCGACAGACACUGAAACUAUGAAAACUCAAUGCAAAUCAAUGCAAGACGUAUAUACAUAUAUUUAAGGUGUUGAGAUAUUCCUGUGGGGGCUGGAGACUGGUGCUUCUCCUUCACUAGGCGGACGGAGAGGAGAAAAAAAAAAAAAAGAACACUUAGAACACUUGAAGCAGCAGCACGUUUAUUAUGCUGCGUCAGACUGGAAGCCUGUACCCCUGCAACUCACUCAAUGGACAAUGCGUCGGGGACGACAGGACCAGACAUCUCUAUAUUUUUGAAACCCCCGUUUCUAGAACAGUUAGCAGUAGUCAGUGGGACUGUGUAUGUGAAAUCACGGCAGCAUAGAACAAACAGAAACCGGUUUGGAUCAUUCACUGCCAACUGCUUAAAGACACACUGACUGACUACUUUUUUUAUUCAGAGUCAAAACUCUCACAAUCUCAAGUUUUAUAAUGUGAGUGAAAAUACAAUCCAGUUGAUUUCAGUCAGAAACAAACUAUCAUGCAAGAUGAUUUUUACUAAUUUUAACUCUAAGAUCAAGAUCGACAUCCAAGUUGUCUUUUUUUGUGGUUAUUUUGUUCUUGGUGUCCUUGACAUUGUCCAGCACAGUGCCUAUACUGUAUCAUGGUGGGGAGAGGAAUCCGAGCACUCCAUUGAAACAACAAUGUUUGUAAGGCUGCCGAGGAAUGUAGAAGACAGAUAGUAACAUGCAUCAAAAGCACACAAAGGAGAUUUGUUUUUGUGGAGAUGACGAAUGAAACUUGACGGUUUUUGUUUUAUUUAAUUGUGUCCGUUAUUGUCAAAAAGAAAACAAAAAAAAUCUUGUGUUUGCUCUAUGUCCGUAUGAGACGUGCAGUCUGUUAUGCUGGCUUGUUGUUUUCCUCGCCCUCUGCCCUCUUUAAAACGGAUCCGCAGACCGCUGAGAAGGGAUACAAGAAGGAUGAAGUUGAUGUUGGGACUGGAUUGAUGAAAGUUCGUUGGAAAUAUAUAUUGCAUGCUUUCCACCGGGCCGCACACCUUGACUGUCAGCACUUUAGUGUGUGUGUGCAGAAAAGCAUGCCGUCAGAUCAACGUGUAAAGGACUGCAGAGGACUGCUUCAGUGUUGUGGGAUUAUAUACACGUGGAGCUUCAACCCAAAUUCUGUUGUAAAAAGAAACGUUCCUGCAAAUGAUCCUGUAGCCCCCCCCCAAGCAUGGAGGAGAUGGUUUUACAGCUACUGUGCUCGAACGUGAUCUAAAGGUGGAAUCUGUCCCAGUAACAUGUGCGAUGGGGGGUUAUUAGACCUGAGCCAGCGCCAAUGUGGAUAUUGUGUACAUUAGCAGUCGUUUGAUGUCAAGUCAAAAAAAAAAAAGUGUUACCAGUGGAGUGAACAAAACGUAUCUGUGCCAAACGGAGCUGAAUAUGUAUCUUUGAUCAACCAGCAUAAUCUCGAGGAGGCAGCUGUGUUUUGAAGUUUUUUUUAUUUCAGGUCUUUUCCAUCGACUUCACUGACAGAAAUCCUCCUCGUUUCAUUUCCAGCAACUCAAACAAAAAAAGCGUGUGUCAUGUAAUGAUACACGUGCUCUCUCUCUCUCUCAUUCAGUCUGCAUUAGAGCCGUCUAUCUUCUAGUGGUGUUGCCAAAUUCUGAUCUCUGUCCAAUCACUUUGAUAAGCUGUCAGAAACUAAGGAGCAUUUCUCGUAUCCAGAGCAAGUGAAUAAGUCAGACUUCACAUAAACAGGGACCACGUCAGUUAGAGUUGUGCUCGUGAUGCUUUACAGUCCAAAAAAAACAAAAUCCAGGGUAUGAAAUGAUGACAGAUUAUCAUUACAGGUGCUCUGUGUCGUAUCUUAGAAGGGUGUUUCCGUUAUCUCUGGGUUGUAAUAACUAUUGUUAGGUUUAACCCUGCAACCAAUCCUGACAGUCUGAGCCUCAGCAGACCAAACCCCUCUGUCAAAUGUGGGUACUUUGUCGUUUACCCAUAAGUUGCAAACACGCAGAGGUUCGGGAUUUUGAAAAUCAGACAUGAGAAAAACAAAUCUCUGCACUGGAAAACAGAUAAGACACAUGGCAGCCACACCACUGUAUUAAAGGAUUUGUUAAAAACUUGAAGAAUAUGAAAAGUUUCAUGUGAUCGAGGGGAAACGAGUGAAUGGCAGACAGUGGUGAGAUAAGAAGAGGAACACAGAACAGUGCUACGGUGGUGAUUUUUCUCUUGUGCUCAAUAUUAUCAUUUGUUUACAUUUUUAAGUAUUAAGCAACAGUUUGAGUCUGUUACCCAUUGUGCAUAGUUACUCUUUAAUAAAUAAAUAAAAAUUCAUACAUUUUGAA